AUGCCACGCGAGAAUAGCUUCAGCGACGAGGGCCGCUCGCUUACUCCCAGUUUCUCGGAUCGUGAGGACGAGGAAGAAGAGCACGGCAUUGUGCGGUCGCCGGUGUCGCCGCAACGGCCGACUGUUGAUACAACCUCCCAUGCUCAUCCUGCUGCGCAUACCUCAGCUGAACGCACUCGCACGACGUCUAAUGUGGCACGGUCGCCGAAUAGCGAGGACAAGUCGCGACACCACUUCCUCCACCUCCACCGUCCGACGCAUGUCUCUAUCAAGCAACAGUACGGGACGCCAAAGGAGCGCUUUCGCGCGGCGGCGCACAAAGUCAUGGCUAUGCGUCGCGCAUCAUUCCACAUGGUGGGCAACGCCAUUGGUGCAGAGCCGGGUGUGGACGUCCGCCGCGAUACGGCUGCACAGCUCUACGGCGGUGUGCGCGCUCGGUGCAUGAUCGAGGUCAUGGACUAUUCCCCAUUGCGCACAACCAGCGUAACCAUGGGCAACGCGGAGCUAGCGCGAUGGGCGGAGGACGAUACGAAGAGUAGGCGCCCGGCGUGGGCGAAGGUCCGAUGGAUAAACAUCGCGGGGAUCAGCUACGACGUGAUUACUGCGCUUGCGUUGAAAUACGACAUGCACCCUCUUGCUCUAGAGGACUUGCUGCAUCAGCGUGCUCAAGCAAGGUCCAAAGCGGAUUAUUAUGCUCAGCACAUGUUCCUUCGCGUGUUGACGCACACGCUCGGAGAUAAUUCUGACAACGAAGUCUCGCCCGUCUCGAACGCGAGCAGCAAGACACCGACAUGGUCUUCCGGGACCACACUCACCAAUCUGCCGCGCUCAGCCUCGCCUGAACCCAUGGACGGCGAGAAGUCAAGCAGCGUACGAGAGGAGGAACGUCCGGAAUACGACGGUUCUGUGGAUCCUUACGCCGAUGCGGAGGCCGGCGAAUCGCCGUCUGCCCGCCGUAACUCUUCCAUCUCUUCAUUCAACUCCCGCACACGCAAAGUCGCUGCCAACGCCGCAACACUUGCACAGCUGAAGGCAGCGGACCGCGUCGAUGUACGACUGGCGCCACUGAGCAUCUUCAUGUACCCCGAUGGGACAAUCAUCACCUUCCAUCCCGGCGCGGACUUGAGCUUCACAGCGCCUAUCACUGCCCGUGUGCGACAACGUGAUACCUCGCUUCGGAGGACUGGCGACUCCUCGUUGCUGGUCCAGAGUUUACUCGAUCUUGUCGUUGAUCGUACCCUCGAGGUCACGGAGGAGUAUCACAGGAGGAUACAACGCCUGGAGCGCGUCGUGCUCAUCAAGCCCAAGGUGUCGACCGUGCGCGCGCUUCACGUUCUAUCAGGCGACCUCAUUCUGCAUAAACGCACCAUGGGGCCUAUCAAGACGCUCGUCUACGGCUUGAGACGAUACGAUGCGGAUCGGUGUGCUGCGGUUAUGUCACUCGGACCCGGCGAGAAGUUCUCGUAUAUGACACCCAAGGCGAAUGUCUACCUGGCGGACGUACAUGACCACAUGGAGUACGCUCUCGCGAGCUUGGACAUGUACGCCGCUAUGACGGAGAACCUCAUCGGCUAUACUUUCAACAUGGCUAGUUAUGACAUGAACAAUGUCAUGCGCUCGUUGACGCUCGUGACCGUCAUCUUCUUCCCAUUAACUUUGCUCACUGGCUACUUCGGCAUGAACUUCCAAUUCAUGUGGAGUAUUGGACACGGGCAUAGCGACAUCCUGUUCUGGGAAAUUGCCCUUCCCGUGCUCGCUAUUUGUAUUCCGCUCUUCCUUUGGGGCGAUAUCAUGCGCGUCGCGCAUUAUCUCAAGAAGCGUUGGCUUGCGCGUAGAAUUAAGAAGAAUGUGACUCGGGACGGAAAAUGGCGCAAGAUGGCUUGA